ACCACCGUGGAAGAUGGCUCGUGUGGUUGUUUCCGGCACGUGCUGAGUGGUGAUCAAGGUGGUAGAGGAAAUGGGUCAGAGGCUAAGUUGCAGGCAACGUCAUGAGGACAACAAGGCUUUUUUCACUGCAGUUGCAAGUGGAGAAUUAGAAGUUGUUGAGGCUAUGGUUGAGGAAGACCACACUGUGUUGGAACAUACCAUUGGUCAUGACAAGCUCUCACCACUGCAUGUUGCUGCUGCCAAUGGUCGAAUCGAGGUUCUUUCCAUGUUAUUGGACAGGUAUUUCAAUGUUGACAUGUUGAAUCGGCAUAAACAGACCCCGUUGAUGUUGGCUGUGAUGCAUGGAAAGACUGGUUGUGUUGAAAAGCUUAUUCAUGCUGGAGCCAAUAUAUUGAUGUUUGAUUCUGUACGUCGAAGAACUUGCUUGCAUUAUGCUGCUUAUUAUGGUCAUAUAGAUUGCCUUAAGGCUAUUCUUUCUGCUGCCCAUUCCACACCUGUUGCAGAUUCUUGGGGAUUUUCAAGAUUUGUCAACAUAAGAGAUAGAAAUGGUGCCACUCCACUGCAUCUUGCAGCCCGUCAAAGACGUUCUGAAUGUCUUCAUGCCCUUUUAGACAAUGGCGCCCUUGUUUAUGCUUCAACUGGGGGAUACAGUUACCCUGGAAGCUCACCUCUUCAUAUGGCUGCCCGCGGCGGUUCUUUGGACUGUAUCCGGAUAUUGCUUGCUUGGGGAGCAGAUAGGCUUCAAUUGGAUUCCUCUGGGAAAAUACCAUUCACAGUUGCCCUGAAGCACAAGCAUAAGGCAUGUGCUGCCCUGCUGGAUCCUUCAGCAGCAGCACCGCUUGUUUGGCCAUCCCCAUUAAAGUUCAUCAAUGAGCUCAAUCAGGAAGCAAAGGCCUUAUUGGAAAAGGCCUUGCUAGAAGCUAACAUGGAGAGGGAGAAGAUCCUACUAAAAGAGGUUGACAAGCCUCCAUCCCCACUGCAUUCUGAAAGGGAAGAUGAUGAUACUGCCUCUGAGGCCAGCAAUGUGGAGUUAUGCUGUAUAUGCUUUGACCAAGUGUGUACAAUUGAGGUCAGACCCUGUGGUCAUCAAAUGUGUGCUCAUUGCACCCUAGCACUGUGCUGUCACAAGAAGCCUGAUCCUGCUACUACUGUUUGCCUCUCUGGACCAGUUUGUCCAUUUUGCCGUGGUGCCAUUCUUCAAUUACUGGCUGCCAAGAUUAACAAAGGCAGUGAUACAGAAGUGGAAUCCAGCCCUGUGAAGCCAAGGAGAUCGCGAAAAUCAAAUUUCAGUGAAGGGAGCAGCAGCUUCAAGGGCUUGUCGGCCAUGGGAUCAUUUGGAAAGAUUGCUGGCCGCAAUUCAGGGAAGAUUAUAUCUGAAAAGCAGUGAGGGGUUUGUUGAAACGUGAUAAUUUUUGUGGUUAUUUUGCAUGCAAACCAGACAAAAGACUGCUAUGAAUGGUGGUUUUAAUUUCUGUGGAAUAGCUGCCUAUAUUGGUAUGUCAUUUGAAUUCACUUUAUUGUUCAAAGAUCACUAAGAUCAUGAGAGACAAUAGUUUGUAAUCUGAGAUUCUCAUUUGGUUGGACAUUGUGUAUUUUUUUCACCAAAUAUCAAAUAUAGUAUGCAUG